AUGUCGGCCAUUCGUUCCGACUCGCUCGAUGAGGGUGUUGUUUCCGUCUCCGGCCACGAUGUCUUUGAUGAGAAGACCACUAUCAAUGUCACCAGCAAAGGUGAUCACCAACUCACUACGACGUCCUUCGGGUCUGGGGAGAUUGGAGGCGAGGACGAUCGCAAUAGCGACGAUGUUAUCAUUGUCGAUGGUGUUGAUGCGGCGAACCACCUGCUCCCCAUGCGGGAUGAUGGUGACCCAGCUUUGACAUUCCGCAGUCUCAUCUUAGCCUCAGGCCUCGCGUGCUUCCAAGCGGUUAUGUACCAAAUCUACAUGUUCAAACCCACCGCAAUUACCAUACAGGGAACUUUCAUUGUUCUCAUUUCUUACUUUGUUGGCCGAGCCUGGGCAAAAUUCCUUCCCCGCGGAGACAAGUUCGAGGCUCGAUGGAGGGCACAAGGAGGUCAGGGAAAGCUUCCCUUUUACAUCAGUGCUCUCAAGUUCAUCAACAGUGGGCCGUGGACAUUGAAGGAGCACGCAAUCUGCUCUAUCACCGCCACCAGUGCUUCAAACGCCGCCGCAAGCUCUGAGGUCUUCGCAGCGCAGGAGUUGUUUUACAACAUGUCACUGAGCCCAGCAACUGUCAUCUUGAGUACCAUCUCUAUUGGCUUGUUUGGCUAUGGAAUCUGUGGAAUCAUGCGUCCCAUUGCGGUCUGGCACGUGGAUGCUGUCUACUGGAGUACCCUGCCUACUGUCAAGGUUCUCCAAGGACUCCAUUGGCAGGAGAUCAAGAAUUCAAAGCCUCUGAGAUACUUCUGGUAUGCCUUUACUGGGAUGACUCUCUAUGAAAUCUUCCCAGCUUACAUCUUUGUCUGGCUUAACUCUGUCUCUAUCCCGUGUCUGGCUGCUAUGAAGGCUACUGGUGAGAAGGCUGCUGUCCUCACUAACAUCUUCGGUGGAGCCUCUAACAACGAGGGUCUGGGUCUUUUCUCCUUCUCCUUUGACUGGCAAUACAUCACCUCUUUCCAAACCUCUCUCCCUCUUACACUUCAAGCUCACCAGGCUGCCGGCUUCGUUGUGUGCUUUAUUGCCAUGAUUGGAAUUUACUACGGAAAUGGCUGGGACGCAAAGUCGCUCCCCUUCAUGUCCACGAAACUUCUCAUGAGCAAUGGCACCGCGUACCCUGUUAGUGACGUGUUCGUCGAUGGUGUACUUGACGAAGCACAGCUUCUCAAUUAUGGCCUGCCUAAAUUGACCGGAACUUUCGCGUUCGCCAUGUUUAUGGCCAAUGCUGCUAUCGGUGCCCUGAUCGUUCAUUGUUUCCUCUUCUGGGGGAAGGAUAUCGUUGCCGCGUUUAAAAAGGCCAGGGAAGGUCGUUACGAUGAUCGCCACCACGAGCACAUGGCCAAACACUACAAGGAGGCGCCUUGGUGGUGGUACAUUGGAGUCCUUGUCAUCAGUUUUGUGUUGGGUCUUAUUGUGGUCCUCAAAGAAAACAUUGGUCUCCCAGCUUGGGCAUAUGUGGUCUCCUUGAUUGUCGGAAUCAUUGUGUCACCCUUUAGUACCAUCCUGUACUCUCGCUACGGUAACGGUAUUGCCACCAACAACUUGUCGAAGAUGUUGGCGGGUCUUAUGAUUCCUGGACGUCCAGUCGGCAACAUGUAUUUUGCUGCUUGGUCACACAACGUCAUUUCCAACGCAGUCAGUUUGUCUAACGAUUUGAAGAUGGGUGAAUACUUGAAAAUUCCCCCACGUGUCAUGUUCCUGACUCAAAUUUGGGGCACUAUUCUCGGCGGCUUUAUCAACUACGCUGUGAUGAUCUCAAUUGUCGCAAAAAAUAAGGAAGUCCUCAACUCAGCCAAUGGCAGCAACUCCUGGAGUGGUGCCACACUGCAAGCCUACAAUACCAAUGCAACCUCCUGGGCUUUGGCUUCCUAUCUUUACAAGAUGGGUGGCCAGUACUGGAUGGUACCCAUUGGUAUUGCCAUCGGUGCUGCGGCCGUUGUCGUCCACCGCAUCUUCUACCAAUUCGUCCCCAAGAUCCGCGGAUUUGACGUUGCCGAUAUCAACAUGCCCCAGUUUAUCCAGUACGCGGGCUACAUUCCCUACAAUCAGAGUCAGACCUGCGUUCUCUUCAGCUGGGUCUUCGCGGGAUUCUACGUGCAGUACUACCUCCGAAACUACCGCCCACGCAUCUUCAAGGACUACUCAUACUUGAUUACUGGUGCCUUUGAUGGCGCUAGUCUGACUGUGUUGUUUAUUCUUUCUUUUGCAGUGUUCGGUGCUGGAGGUCCUGCCCAUGCCUUCCCCUCAUGGUGGGGUAAUAAUGCCAACGGGAACUACGAUCUCUGCCCUUCAUCUGAUUAG